AUGACCGCGGUGGCGUCGCGCCGCGCGCGGAUGCGACGCGACAUCCUCGCGACCGUGGUCCCCGAGGGCGCGGAGGACAGCAUCGACGCGCUGCAGCACGCGGUCGAUCGGCUCGAGUCCGACGCCGUCAGGGUCCGACGCGAUCUGCUCGUCGCGUCCGCGCGCAUCAUGAGGCGCGUUCUAUACACUGGUCCCCAUACGACCGCGUUCGCGAGAACGCCCCUCAUCCUCGCAUCCGAUUCCAACGCCGCGGACGACGACGACGACGUCGCGUCGGACGAGGCCAAGGCGACGCGCGCGCUCGCGGAGCUCGCGCCCGCCGCGUCCUCCGCGCUCGCGCACGUUCGCCCACCUCGGGACGAGUGGAGCGAUCGCGACGUCGCGCUGGAGGCGGAGAGGGAGGUGGCCGUCGCCGCUUCCGCGACGCGCGACGCCGCCGCGACGGCGCGCGAGCGACGAAAACGUCUCGAGCGACGCCGCGCGUUUGCCUCCGUCCAAACGCGCGUCGCGGACGUCCUCCGCGCCGUCGACGCGCGCGACUUCGCGCGCGCGACGCACGGCGUUCGCGACGCGGACGACGCGCUGGACGAGAUGGAGGACGAUAUGGAGGAGGGGGACGACGCGCGUCUGAUGGCCGCGGCGCGCGGCGACGUCGCGGCGGCUUUCGACGCGGCGGUUUCCGCGGCGCUCGCGGCGCUCGCGGCGGCGACGGCGACGUCGACGCCGGAGGGCGAGGACCGCGCGGUGGCGGCGUUCGACGUCGACGCGGCGACCGCGGUGUGGGCGGGCGUGGACGGCUUUCUCGCGAGGAGCGCGGGUUCGUGUUGUUCGAAUUCGAAAGAAGCGCGGCGUCGGGACGGCCGCGAGGCGGUGGCGAGCGCGUUGGAGCGCGACGUCGUCGCGCCGUUGGCGGCGUUUCUCGCGUUCGGGUGCGCCGCGUCGACGCGCGAGGACGAUCCGCGGUCUGUGUCUCUCCACGUCAGCGAAGAUUCGAUGACGUGGAAGAGUGACGUGGCGGAACCGUCGGCGUCCUCGCGCGCGAUCGCGCUCGCGGCCGCGAUGGAGACGGCGGCGUCGUUCCUCGGGAGAAGCGUCGCGUCGGCGCGUGCGCGGGGAAAGAUUUGCGCUCGCGCGUGGGGCGCCGUGUCCUCCGCCGUGAUCGCCGCGUGGUUCGUCGGCGACGACGCGCAGCUGAGCGAAGACGCUGUGGACGCGCUGUGCGCCGCGGAGGCGACGUUCCUCGCCGUCGCGGGCCCCGGCGGCGGCGGCGGCGUCGGCGGCGACGACGACGACGACGACGACGACGAAAACGAAAACGAAAACGAAAACGAAAAAGGUAAACCCGGGACGCCUUCUUCAUCGCUCGCGUGCGCGAACGCGACCGACGACGGCAUCGCGUUCGGUCCGAUCGAGCAGGCUGCGCUAGAGCGCGAGGGCGCGGACGCGGGCUCGGCGCGGACGCGCGCGCUCGCGCGAGCGAGGGAGCUUUUGCUCGAGGGCGAGAAGACGCGCGCGACGACGACGACGACGACGCCGACGGACGAGGCGUCGAGCCGCCUCGGGGCGCUGUCCCCGCCCUCGUGCGUCGUGAGCGCCACCGCGGUCGCGCUCGCGUCGCACGUCGCGGACCUCGUGGACGAAUCGGGACGCGAAUACGCCGCGAAUACGGGCGAAUCAGGAGCCGCCACGUCGUCGUCGUCGAGGCGCCGCGCGAACGAGCUCGCGACGGCAGCCGCGGACGCGCUCGAUCUCUACCGCGCGCUCGUACCCGCGCUCCGCGGCGGCGCGCUGGGCGGCGAGGAAGACGAGGAAGACGACGCGGAGGAGAUCGGGGACGAGCACGGGGUAGCGGGUAUCGUCCGCGGUGGCCCGGAAGCGACGGUCGUCUUUCGGAACGACGCGCAUUACCUCGCCGCCGCGUGGCUGGCGGCGGCGUUCGCGCGCGGCGGCGGCGGCGCCGGCGCCGGCGGCGAGACCCCGACCGGGACCCCGACCGACCACACGCAAACGCAAACGCCGCCGCCGCUGCCCGUCGGCGUCGUCCCUCCCCUCCUCGCCGCCGGCGACGCCGCGCUCGCGAUGCUCGCGACGCGGUGCGGGCGCGAGAUCGACCGGAUACUCGACGACGCGCGCGGGUUCAACAGAGUGAAGGACGACGGCGCGGCGCGCGCGACGCGCGCGUUACGCCGCGCCCGGCAUUUCCUCGCGCGCGUAGUAACGCCCCUCGUCCGAGCGUUACCUUCCCCUCUCGGCGAGAACGUCGCACGCGGUCUCCUCGAGGGGUACGCGCGGCGCGUCGUGGACGACGUGUUCGCCCUGAAGGACAUCUCCGCGGAGGACUCGAGCGCGCUGAGGGACGCUCUGGCGGAGGUCGCGUUUCAACCGCGCGGGCUCGUGCUCCCCGCCGACGCGUCCGGGGACGGGGACGGGGACGGGGACGGGGACGGGGACGGCGGGAAAACCAAAGAAUCCCGCGUCGCGGACGCGGACGCGGUGGCGAUCGCGCUCGUGGAGUCCCUCCCCCUGCGCUCGAGGUGGGGGAAGGGCCUCGCGCUCGUGAAGAUGCUCGACGCGAAGAUGGUGAAGAUCGCGAGUCAGUGGGAAGCCGGCCGGCUCGCCGCGGUCGGGUUCGAGGCGCGCGAGGUGCGCGCGUUCGUGGAGUCGGUGUUCGAGGACAGCCCGAAUCGCGACUUGGUCCUCGCGCGCAUCGCGUGAGCGCGGUAGUAGCCGCGUUAGAUUCCUAGAAGGCGUCGUCGUUGAACAGGCGGGCGGCGUCCAGU